AUGACUCAGUCUGUGCAGGUCAACCCAAAGCUGCCUGGUAAGCACAUUUCACCCUUAUUCACUUUAUUAGACGUUCAGUUCCAGCUGGUAUUUACCAAGUCAUUAUGUUGUAACAAAUGAUGGAUACUGUCUAAGACUUAGAAAGAAUUAAACAGAAUUGCUAACUGUUAUUAUAAAUGUUUUUUUUGCGGCUUGCAGAUCUGGGCGCACCAUUUUUAUACUCCAGUCGGGAAGAGGCGGAUCAACAGGGCUCCUAUUCGGUCCAGACACCGUAUGGCUUCCAGCUUGACCUGGACUUCCUGAAGUAUGUGGAGGAGAUAGAAAGCGGCCACCAUGUCCGCCGGGCACCCAUCAACUCCCGCAGGUCAUCCCGGGGGGUCAAAGUCUCCCAGUGGAGCCCGAGUGUGGGGGGACGCGCCAGUGGCUGGACCUCCACAGAGUCCCUCUCCUCGCCCGCCAGCGAAGAUGGUCGAGUGCCACCUCCCCCGCCCCCACGGAAUCGCAUCGGCUCCGCUCCCAGUGAGGGGCAACCCUUGUCCUCGCUGUCUGUCCUCAGCCCUCCUCUCUCUGCUGCCGGCAAAGUGCCACCACCACCUCCACUACGAAACCCCAGGGUAGAGAGGACCCUCCUGGAGACCAGCCUGAGACUGCAGCAGGAGCAGAGCCACCAGCACCAAAAUGGCGCCCAUUUCCAGCUCUCUGACCCACCAAAGCAAAACCCCAGGGCUGCCCCUACCCAUGUCACCCCAGCUAGUGCAGCAGCCAGCGUGGACGGCCAGCCCUUGCACCUGUCCUCUGCCUCCCCCAGCCCAUCUCAGAGUAGCCUGACCAGACCCAGUCCCCACACCUCGGGGAAGAGCACCCCGGCCUCUAGCACCGGAAUGGCUACUCUGCCGCCCAGCCAAUUGCAGACGGUGAGAGAACAGAUGGCCACUGCCCUGAGGCAACUGAAGGAGAUGGAGGAGCGAGUAAAGGGGGUCCCAGUGCUGGAAAGAGAGGUGGCCAAGCUACGGGCUGAGAAAGACAUGCUCCUACUGGCACUGCAGGAGAAGAAGACCUUGGCGGCCCAACAACAGGCUACAACAGUAGUCAGCAGUACUAAUACCACCACGGUGGACGUAGGCACACGGAGUCAGGAACGUCCUCCUUUAUCCCCUAAGAGUCCCAGAAGUCCAAAGAGUCCAAGUAAAGUAGGGGACCUCAGAAAGCUGACAGAGAAGUUUGAAGGCAAGACAGAGAAAGAUGGAGCAUGUUCUGAGAAAGUUCCGGAGAAGGUUGUGGAGAAGAAGUCUGUGGCCAUCGGGGACGACAUGUCGCUGGACGCUGGGGUCUUCUACUACAGCCUGGGCGCCAAGGACGCCUCAGAGGGCACGCUGCAGAUGGACGUCUGCGAGAAAGGGGUGGCCACGGAGGCGCCGGCCGUCCACGAGGAGGGGGUGCAGGCCAUAGUGGAGACAGAGGAGGCCUCAGUUUGGGUGAUGGAAUCCCAGCUGGGGCUAAGCAGCGAUGCCCAGAGGGAGAUCGACACCCUACUGGACACCAUCAAGUUCCAGCAGGAGUCCAUCUCAGUUCUGGAAGGGCGACUUGGCCAGGCUGACGAGGACCUGGCAGUGCUCAAAGCCCAGGAGGAUGAAUGGAAGUCCAAGGCAACGUCCGAGAAGGGGGUCCUUGCCAAACCAGACUCUGCCCAUGCCCAAGUUGGGACUGAAGCCUCUACAAUGUCACAGAAUGUCGCAGUCUCCUGUUGUCUUGAGGUGGUUGACGCAUGUGUAGGUGAGGAUUUGAGAGCUGGACAUUACGACCAGAGCACUCAGACUGACUCUGUGGAGAGCCCUGCAGAAGAGGAAUCAACCCCAGUAGUACUGAUCAGCACUGGAAGUCAAUGGGAGAAUCUAUACGAGGAGGAGGAGGACAUAGAGCAGAUAGCUCCAGUCACUGCGCUGAAGAGGAGACAGACGACCAUCACGGAGUACAAGGUCAACCCUGGCGAGGAGACGGUCAGUUUAGCCGAAGGAAAGGGAGUGAAAGAGGAGGAAACGGCGGCCAGCACUCCAACAACAAUGGUUGGAAGUGAGUGCCAAGUGUAUUUAUACAAUAGUACUUCAUUUAGAAGAUAAAUGAUUCCCCCACACUAAUAAAGCAGGUAUAAAAGUAAUAUAGAAUUCAAUGUACUAACAUAUUGGUUGGGUCACUCACCACAUCCGUUGUGGCCACAGGUAUGCUAAAAUCAAUCAUGAAGAAGAAGGAUGGGAGUAGUUCCAGUGAAUCACACAGCAGCGGCAAGAAGAGCUUGCAAUUUGUUGGCAUUCUCAAUGGGGGGUAAGUGGUGCUUUGCCAUCAAUUAAUGUGUCAAAUCAUCACAUAUUACCAUUACACUGACAAUACGCAGGGCAUAUUAGAAGGAAAUGAUGACCAAUGUUAAAGAUAACUAACUAGACGUGCUUCUGUCCAGGUAUGAGUCGACAUCUAGUGAAGAGGAGGAGGAUGAUGAGGAGGAAGAGGGGAGUUCCUCAGGUGGCAGUGAAGUAGGUGAUUGCUCAGACAGUAGUGAUGAUGCAGUGGCAGCUCUGGAGGAGACCUCCGAUGAGGAGAGGAACAUGAAUAUGGAUGACACCGAUAGUGAUGAUGUGGCCUUAGCAGCAGGGACUGGAGCCACUGAGGAGAGUCCAGAUGCAGUGAAAGAGAAGUAUGCUUGAUUAUGACUACAUCUCAUAGAACUCUGUCAAUGGGGGCAGAUACAGUGCAUUCAGAAAGUAUUCACAUCCCUUGAUCCCUUGACAAAGUGGGAUUCAAAUGGUUUGAAUUGUUAUUUUCUUUCAACGAUCUACACAAAGUACUCUAAUGUCAAAGUGGAAGAAAAAUUUGAACAUUUGUAAAACAUUCGAAAUAAAACACUAAUAUAUCUUGAUUAGAUAAGGAUUCAACCCCCUGAGUCAAUACGUUAGAAUCACCUUUGGCUUUCUGGGUAAAUCUCUAAGAGCUUUCCACACCUGGAUUGUGCAACAGUUCCCCAUUAUUCUUUAACAAAUUCUUCAAGCUCUGUCAAAUUGGUUGUUGAUCAUUGCUAGACAACCAUUUUCAGGUCUUGCCAUAGGUUGUCAAGCAGAUUUAAGUCAAAACUGUAACUCGGCCACUCAGGAACAUUCACGGACUUCUUGGUAAGCAACUCCAGUGUAGUUUUGGCCUUGUGUUUUAGAUAUUUGGCCUGCUGAAAGGUGAAUUCAUCUCCAGUGGCGCGUGUAUUCCCCCAAAAAUGUGUCUCUGUGUUUCAUACAUUUCCUUCAAUUCGCAAGAGGAUGAAUGUAUUUCACCGGAGAAAGCAUUUGAUCGAACAAAACAGCACCCCUCUGUCUCAGUAUGUGUAGCAUAUCUAUCUGAUGCGGUCUGGUCAGAAAGAGUAUGACAUUGUUGCCACCUAUAGCAUUGAAUGUAAGGGAAGCCAGCGAGCAUUUGGCCUCCCUUGAUAUUAAAAAAAAUUAAAUAAUAGCCAAUCAGCGUUGAGCUAAACUGAGUGAGCUCAGCUGUGAAUGGUCCUGGCGCACCAAAAAAAAGUGUAGAGGGAAGCCAGUUUGGAUGUGGCUUCAGACCAAUCACAUCACAAGGCAAACGUAAUUAUUGACAGAAAUAAACUUGAAUUGUUGCAUCUCGUUGUGUUGUUGUCCUCUGGUGGCUACCUAGCUAGCUAAAAUCUUCCCUUUCCUAAAUUAGCCAUCAAUGAAGAUAGGGAUUUGGACUUGUGGUUUUACUUAAUUCUCCCUACUGGCCAAUAAUUAUAACGGUGAUUCUGAUCCAACCAUAAAUUCCUACAUUGUGCCCCUGGCCUGAGAAGAUGGAAAUUCAACAUGUAGUUAGAUGUAGUAUGCUAAUGUUAACUAGCUGGCCUGGCAUAUCAUCGCCCAUGAAAGGAAGCUAGCGAGCAAGUAUUUUAGCCAGGUAGCCUAGGACAACAAAAACUAGUGGGUACUAUGACAGAGUCAUAGACCGUUUAGGCAACAUGAAAGAGGAGGGUGGCAUUGGUGUUUUAUUUUAUUUAUUUUUAUUUCACCUUUAUUUAACCAGGCAAGCCAGUUGAGAACAAGUUCUCAUUUACAACUGCGACCUGGCCAAGAUAAAGCAAAGCAGUGCGAUAAAAACAACAACAACACAGAGUUACACAUGGGAUAAACAAAACAUACAGUCAAUAACACAAUAGAAAAUCUAUAGUGUGUGCAAAUGUAGUAGGUUAUGGAGGUAAGGCAAUAAAUAGCCCAUAGUGCAAAAUAAUUACAAUUUAGUAUUAACACUGGAGUGAUAGAUGUGCAGAAGAUGAUGUGCAAAUAGAGAUACUGGGGUGCAAAUUAACAAAAUAAAUAACAAUAUGGGGAUGAGGUAGUUGGGUGGGCUAAUUACAGAAUGGGCUGUGUACAGGUGCAGUGAUCGGUAAGCUGCUCUGACAACUGAUGCUUAAAGUUAGUGAGGGAGAUAAGAGUCUCCAGCUUCAGAGAUUGUUGCAGUUCGUUCCAGUCAUUAGCAGCAGAGAACUGGAAGGAAUGGCGGCCAAAGGAGGUGUUGGCUUUGGGGAUGACCAGUGAGGUAUACCUGCUGGAGUGCAUACUACGGGUGGGUGUUGCUAUGGUUACCAAUGAGCUAAGAUAAGGUGGGGAUUUGCCUAGCAUAGAUUUAUAGAUGACCUGGAGCCAGUGGGAUUGGCGACGAAUAUGUAGUGAGGGCCAGCCAACGAGAGCAUACAGGUCACAAUGGUGGGUAGUAUAUGGGGCUUUGGUGACAAAACGGAUGGCACUGUGAUAGACUACAUCCAAUUUGCUGAGUAGAGUGUUGGAGGCUAUUUUGUAAAUGACAUCGCCGAAGUCAAGGAUCGGUAGGAUAGUCAGUUUUACGAGGGCAUGUUUGGCAGCAUGAGUGAAGGAGGCUUUGUUGUGAAAUAGGAAGCCGAUUCUAGAUUUAACUUUGGAUUGGAGAUGCUUAAUGUGAGUCUGGAAGGAGAGUUUACGGUCUAACCAGACACCUAGGUAUUUGUAGUUGUCCACAUAUUCUAAGUCAGACCUGCCGAGAGUAGUGAUUCUAGUCGGGCUGGCGGGUGUAAGCAGCGUUCGAUUGAAGAGCAUGCAUUUAGUUUUACUAGCGUUUAAGAGCAGUUGGAGGCUACGGAAGGAGUGUUGUAUGGCAUUGAAGCUCGUUUGGAGGUUUGUUAACAUAGUGUCCAAUGAAGGGCCAAGUGUAUACAAAAUGGUGUCGUCUGCGUAGAGGUGGAUCUGAGAGUUACCAGCAGCAAGAGCGGCAUCAUUGAUAUACACAGAGAAUAGAGUCGGCCCGAGAAUUGAACCCUGUGGCACCCCCAUAGUUUCUCUACAAGUAGGGUGAGUCAACAUGUUUUAUUCUACACACACAAACACACACACACACACACACACACACACACACACACACACAAAUCAAUACCAUGGACAGCCACAUCAUAUUUAGCUUACAUUGAUUGGACUAAAUAGUUUUUGGUAUCUUUUAGUUGUCACGGUAUUAGACUAAGCAUAGGUGAUUAGAUGUUGAAGUUGAAAUGGUGCUGGAAUAGUGGCAGCAGCUCCUGUUUUCUUUGCGACUUUCGGUAACUCUCCAUGGUUCUAAAUCAAUAGUUGUUUAGUAGUCCAAAAAUGUCGGAAACAUUACCUUGCUUGACCACGCUGUAGGUCAUGUAACUGUUACAUGCAAUUUGUUUUGUGGACUUCACCGGGCAGAUGUUGCUCUCCGGUUUUCUAAUGAAACAAAUGUGUGGUUGAAUUUAUUCUGCCACUGUGUCUUCUUAUUGUCUCGGCCUUAGGCCUAUAUAUAUCACGGUGUCAUAUGAACUAACAGGUUAUAGAGCAAACAACUCAAUUAUCACAACACAUAGGUUGUAAUAUGGCAUUUUUUUCUGGAUUGGCUUCCCCGGUGAAUUUACCCAUGCACCGCUACUGUUCAUCUCCCGGUGUCUGAUGGAAAGCAGACUGAACCAGGUUUUCCUCCUUAACGAUUACAAGCAUACCUAUAUCAUGAUGCAGCUACCACUAUGCUUGAAAAUAUGGAGAGUGGUACUCAGUAAUGUGUUGCAUUGGAUAUGCCCCAAACACUUUGUAUUCAGGACAAAAAGUUAAUUGCUUUGCCACAUUUUUUGCAGUAUUACUUUAGUGCCUUGUUGCAAACAGGAUGCAUGUUUUGGAAUAUUGUUAUUCUGUACAGGCAUCCUUAUUUUCACGCUGUCAAUUAGGUUAGUAUUGUGGAGUAAAUACAAUGUUGUUGAUCUAUCUUCAGUUUUCUCCUAUCACAGCCAUUAAACUCGGUAACUAUUUUAAAGUCACCAUUGGCCUCAUGGUGAAAGCCCUAAGCGGUUUCCUUCCUCUCCGGCAACUGAGUUAGGAAGGACGCCUGUAUCUUUGUGGUGACUGGGUGUAUUGAUACACCAUCCAAAGUGUAAUUAAUAACUUCACCAUGCUCAAAGGGAUAUUCAAUGUCUGCUUAGUUUUUUUUUUACCCAUCUACCAAUAGGUGCCCUUCUUUGUGAGGCAUUGGAAAACCUCUCUGGUCUUUGUGGUUGAAUCUGUGUUUGAAAUUAAUUGCUCGACCUUACAGAUAAUUGUAUGUGUGGGGUACAGAGAUUCAAACAUCAUGUUAAACACUAUUAUUGCACACAAAGUGAGUCCAUGUAACUUAUUAUGUGACUUGUUAAGCACAUUUUUACUCCUGAACUUAUUUAGGCUUGCCAUAACAAAGGGGUUCAAUACAUAUUGACUCGACAUUUCAGCUUUUCACUUUAAAUUAAUUUGUUACAAUUUUGUGGCAAAAAAAUCUACAUUGAAUACAUUUUAAAUUCAGGCUGUAACACAACAAAAUCUGGAAAAAGUCAAGGAUUGAGAAUACUUUCUGAAGGCACUGCAAAAAAUGUAAAUGGAUAUUCAACAUCAUUCUAAAGGGAUAAUUAACAGAAUUUUCAUAUUUUGUUGAACGUUUGCUUUCCUCGAAAAAAGUAUCUGUUGGUAGUAAAACUUUAAUCCUCUAUUUUGGUUUGUAGCUUACAGGUGGCCUGAAUUUGCAAAGGUUAGCAUAAAUGCUUAGGAAAUAAUGGGAGCAAAUCAAGCCUGAAUUAACAUAUGAAACCCUAAUAUUACUGUAGUCAAAGUUAUUUCGCAACAUUAUAAUCUGUGAAGCUAUGCAUGUGUAUAUUAUUGACAAGGAAUUAUAGCCAAGAUGUUUACAAAAAUGCAUUGAAUACUUUAUAUAGGAGCCUCAUCCAUUGGCUAACUGCACAAGCGGUAGAUCCCCGUCUGUCACGACCCAUAGAUAACUUCCACGUCUAAUUGCAGUAAUCCCUUGUCCUAGGUUUGAGCUGAGUGCAAAAAUGCGUGAGGCUUGUCUCAUUUUGAAGAACCACCUGAAUGAUGAUGUCAAAAUACUGAAGAGUAAAGAAGUGGUGGGUUUCAGCAUGCCUCUUUAAUUCCUGUUUGAUUAUAUCCUGGAAAUCGUACAUUUCCUUUGCAACUUCCGUUUUUUUUUUUUUCAAUCCGCACAGUCUCUCAAGUGAUCCCUCUCAGUAUUAUGAGUGAUAUUUUAAAGCUCCAUGACUUUAAGUGUUUAUAAUCAUGUUAGUAUGUAACCUUUAUGUAGUGGUAUUCCAUCCUUGAUCUUAUCCCACUUCCUCUCUCCUUCCCCCUUGUCUUGUCCUAUAGAUCUCCAGCACUCACACUGUGCAGCUGGAAUGGUUCCGCAUCUCCAGUGCCAAGCUGGCCCAGCCACCCCGUGUCUCAGACUACCUGAUGGCCUUCACCGAGAUCUCCUCUGCCCUGCUGGCCCACGUCGUCAACAUGACCGAUGGCAAUGGCAACACAGCCUUGCACUACAGCGUCUCCCACUCCAACUUCACAGUGGUGGGGCUACUGCUGGACACAGGUUAGUUGGAGUGAGGAGUGUUCACUAAUCUUUGGGAAGUUGUGUUAGGGUCAAGGUUUAUGACCUUAGUGAAGAGGGCCUAUUAUAAUGACUCUUCAGAAGUUUGGUUAUUUAUGGUUUAACUACAGGCAUAAAAUCACAUUAGUUAUGCCAUUUAUUUAUUGUCAGGAAGUUUCUAUCCGCCGGGGUUUCAGCAAGGUGUGUGUGCUCUGUGCAGGCAUGUGUUGUGUAGAUAAGCAGAACAAGGCAGGCUACACUGCUAUCAUGCUGGCAGCCCUCUCAGCUGUCAAAGAGGAGGAUGACAUGGUGGUGGUCAGGAAGCUCUUCAGUCAGGGCAACGUCAACGCCAAAGCCAGCCAGGCAAGUCCUUCUCAAUCACUUCACAUCCAGUCUAUCCCCUCUGUCAAUACUGCUUAUGUGUAUUUCGCUAACACUAUGCUAACUGGGCUACGUUGUGUUUAGGCUGGCCAGACGGGGCUGAUGCUAGCUGUUAGCCAUGGACGGCAGGAGAUGGUACGGGCGCUGCUGGACUGCGGGGCUGACGUGAACGUGCAGGAUGACGAGGGCUCCACAGCGCUCAUGUGCGCCAGCGAGCACGGCCGCGCCGAGAUUGUCUCGCUGCUCCUGGACCAGCCGGGCUGUGACAUCUCCAUUGUGGACAAUGUGAGUUCCUUUGCUGUCUGUCUGUUUACCCUGUACACCUGUCUGUUUACCCUGUACACUCACAGGGUGUGUCUUGAUACGCUUACCUGGCUUCCACUUCCUGUCCACUUUCCUCAUCCUCUACUUCUUUUCCGUUUCACGCUGAACUGAAAGAACUAAGCAGGUCAAAGCAAGUGCUCUGAUAGGCUUUAACCAUAUUUUUUCGUAUGUCCCGUCUUAACAUCAGAGUUGCAGAUGAAGGACAGGAGAGCAGGGGAGGAAACCACUCUAGAUUAUUGAGAUGCACCCAAGAAGUGAAUACAAAAACACAUACACAAUUAUUUUUUUAAUACAUUCUUAUUUGUAAAAUAAAUGUACAUGUAUGAACACUUUAAAAAAAAAAAAAUUUUUACAAUAAGACAGAAUCAUUUUAUCAUCUGUACACCAAGUGUUUUCUACAGUAUGACUUUACAGUAGAUUUUUCUCAGACUACUUUGAACAUCUGGGUCAAAAUGAGUUAGCCAUGCAGCACAUGGAUUGGGUUUCAGAAGGACACAGCUGGACUGAGAGAGGCUGGGAAAGUAUUUGGGAACAUGUUUUUUUUAAACCCUGUGACAAUUGGAUACAGCUAAUUAUUGAGGACUGGGAGGCAGACAGAGAUGUGGGUUAACCGUUUGCUGGUGUGUAACCUAGACCGACCAGGGGUGGGCAACCUCAAGGGCCAGUAUGGAUGCAGGGUUUGGUUCCAGCCUGAAAUGCUACAUUUAGUUUGUGUGUUGCUUAGCUGCCUAGAAGAAAAGCCUGUACCCACACCGGCCCAGCAGUUUAAGAGUGCCCACACCUCAAACAGACUGUAUACAAGGGUUCCCCAAAUUUGGCCCACAGGUGAUUUUAUUUGGCGCCCCAAGUUUUCUGAGGACAAAAAUAUAUACAGUGGGGGAAAAAAGUAUUUAGUCAGCCACCAAUUGUGCAAGUUCUCCCACUUAAAAAGAUGAGAGAGGCCUGUAAUUUUCAUCAUAGGUACACGUCAACUAUGACAGACAAAAUGAGAAUUCUUUUUCCAGAAAAUCACAUUGUAGGAUUUUUAAUGAAUUUAUUUGCAAAUUAUGGUGGAAAAUAAGUAUUUGGUCAAUAACAAAAGUUUCUCAAUACUUUGUUAUAUACCCUUUGUUGGCAAUGACACAGGUCAAACGUUUUCUGUAAGUCUUCACAAGGUUUUCACACACUGUUGCCGGUAUUUUGGCCCAUUCCUCCAUGCAGAUCUCCUCUAGAGCAGUGAUGUUUUGGGGCUGUCGCUGGGCAACACGGACUUUCAACUCCCUCCAAAGAUUUUCUAUGGGGUUGAGAUCUGGAGACUGGCUAGGCCACUCCAGGACCUUGAAAUGCUUCUUACGAAGCCACUCCUUCGUUGCCCGGGUGGUGUGUUUGGGAUCAUUGUCAUGCUGAAAGACCCAGCCACGUUUCAUCUUCAAUGCCCUUGCUGAUGGAAGGAGGUUUUCACUCAAAAUCUCACAAUACAUGGCCCCAUUCAUUCUUUCCUUUACACGGAUCAGUCGUCCUUGUCCCUUUGCAGAAAAACAGCCCCAAAGCAUGAUGUUUCCACCCCCAUGCUUCACAGUAGGUAUGGUGUUCUUUGGAUGCAACUCCGCAUUCUUUGUCCUCCAAACACGACGAGUUGAGUUUCAUCUGACCAUAUGACAUUCUCCCAAUCUCUUCUGGAUCAUCCAAAUGCACUCUAGCAAUCUUCAGACGGGCCUGGACAUGUACUGGCUUAAGCAGGGGGACACGUCUGGCACUGCAGGAUUUGAGUCCCUGGCGGCAUAGUGUGUUACUGAUGGUAGGCUUUGUUACUUUGGUCCCAGCUCUCUGCAGGUCAUUCACUAGGUCCCCCCGUGUGGUUCUGGGAUUUUUGCUCACCGUUCUUGUGAUCAUUUUGACCCCACGGGGUGAGAUCUUGCGUGGAGCCCCAGAUCGAGGGAGAUUAUCAGUGGUCUUGUAUGUCUUCCAUUUCCUAAUAAUUGCUCCCACAGUUGAUUUCUUCAAACCAAGCUGCUUACCUAUUGCAGAUUCAGUCUUCCCAGCCUGGUGCAGGUCUACAAUUUUGUUUCUGGUGUCCUUUGACAGCUCUUUGGUCUUGGCCAUAGUGGAGUUUGGAGUGUGACUGUUUGAGGUUGUGGACAGGUGUCUUUUAUACUGAUAACAAGUUCAAACAGGUGCCAUUAAUACAGGUAACGAGUGGAGGACAGAGGAGCCUCUGAAAGAAGAAGUUACAGGUCUGUGAGAGCCAGAAAUCUUGCUUGUUUGUAGGUGACCAAAUACUUAUUUUCCACCAUAAUUUGCAAAUAAAUUCAUUAAAAAUACUACAAUGUGAUUUUCUGGAGAAAAAAAAUCUCAAUUUGUCUGUCAUAGUUGACGUGUACCUAUGAUGAAAAUUACAGGCCUCUCUCAUCUUUUUAAGUGGGAGAACUUGCACAAUUGGUGGCUGACUAAAUACUUUUUUUCCCCCACUGUAUAUAUUGUAUACAGUGCCUUCUGAAAGUAUUCACACCCCUUGACUUUUUCCCCCCCAAAAAUGUGUUACAACCUUAAUUAAAUGUAGAUGUUGUGUCACUGGCCUACAGACACCAUAAUGUGAAAGUGGAAUUAUGUUUUUAGAAAUGUUUACAAAUUAAUUAAAAAUGAAAAGCAGAAAUGUCUUGAGUCAAUAAGUAUUUAACCCCUUUGUAAUGGUAAGCCUAAAUAAGUUCACUAAAUAAGUUGCAUGGACUCACUCUGUGUGCAAUAAUAGUGUUUAACCAGAUUUUUGAAUGACUACCUCUUCUCUGUACCCCUCCCAUAAAAUUAUCUGUAAGGUCCCUCAGUUGAGCAGUGAAUUUAAAACACAGAUUCAAGCACAAAGACCAGGGAGGUUUUCCAAUGGGUAAAAGUAAAAAAAUCAGACAUUGAAUAUCCCUUUGAGCAUGGUGAAGUUAUUAAUUACACUUUGGAUGGUGUAUCAAUACACCCAGUCACUACAAAGAUACAGGUAUCCUUCCUAACUCAGUUGUCAGAGAGGAAGGAAACCGCUUAGGGAUUUCACCAUGAGGCCAAUGGUGAUUUUAAAACAGUUACAGAGUGGCUGUGAUAGGAGUAAACUGAGGAUGGAUCAACAACAUUGUAGUUACUCCACAAAACUACCUUAAAAGACAGAGUGAAAAGAAGAAAGCCUGUACAGAAUAAAAAAAUAUUCCAAAACAUGCAUCCUGUUUGCAAUUAGGCACUAAAGUAAAACUGCAAAAAAUUAACUUUGUCCUGAAUACAAAGUGUUAUGUUUGGGCAAAUUCAACUCAACACGUCACUGAGUACCACUCUUCAUAUUUUCAAGUAUGGUGGUGGCUGCAUCAUGUUAUGAAUAUGCUUGUCAUCGGCAAGGACUAGGGAGUUUUUUUUUGGGAUAAAAAUUAAUGGAAUAGAGCUAAGCACAGGCAGAAUCCUAGAGGAAAUUCUGUUUUUGUCUGCUUUCCAAUAGGCACUGGGAGACAAAUUCACCUUUCAGCAGGACAAUAACCUAAAACACAAGGCCCAAAUAUACACUGGAGUUGCUUACCAAGCUGACACUGAAUGUUCCUGAGUGGCCUAGUUACAGUUUUGACAUAAAUUGGCUUGAAAAUCUAUGGCAAGACUUGAAAAUGGCUUUCUAGCAAUGAUCAACAACCAACUUGACAGAGCUUGAAAAAUAAAAAAAAUUAUAAUGUGCAAAUAUUGUACAAUCCAGGUGUGCCAAGCUCUUAGUGACUUACCUAGAAGGACACAGCUGUAAUCGCUGCCAAAGGUGAUUCUAACAUGUAUUGACUCAGGGGGUUGAAUACUUAUCUAAUCAGAAAGUAUUCAUACCCCUUGACGUAAUCCUCAUUUUGUUGUUACAGCCUGAAUUCAAAAUGGAUUAAAUAUAUGUUUUUUUCUCACCCAUCUACACACAAUACCUCAUAAUGACAAAGUGAAAACAUGUUUUUAGAAAUUUGGGGAAAUGAAAUACAGAAAUAUCAAAGUAUUCACACCCCUCAAUACUUUGUAGAAGCACCUUUGGCAGCGAUUACAGCUGUGAGUCUUUCUGGUUAAGUCUCUAAGAGCUUUCCACACAUGGAUUGUGCAACAUUUGCCCAUUUAUUAUUUUCAAAAUUCUUCAAGCUCUGUCAAAUUGGUUGUUGAUCAUUGCUAGACAACCAUUUUCAGGUCUUGCCAUAGAUAUUUUGAAGUCAAUUUGUAGUCUACAAAUUAUUUGUAAUUACGUUCUUGCAUAUAGUUUAUUAUUCUUCCUAAACUGUGUGUUGAGGCUAUGAAGGGGCAGGAGUUAUAUGUGUAUCCCGCCUCAGAGGGUUUAUAGCUAAGCCUGCUCUCCCUUUCGUCUUCCUCCCUCUCUAGGAUGGCAGUAAUGCUCUGUCCAUCGCCCUGGAGGCUUCUCACAAUGACACAGCUGUACUGCUUUACGCCCACAUGAACUACGCCAAAGCCCAGACAGCUGUGAGUUCCCCAGACUCUGGUCUGGCGGGAGAGGGGCCUGCCUUUUUUUUAUAUGACAAACAGACAGUUAGGCCUUGAAUCCAGUAUGGGUCACACUCACAAUAUAUCUGUAUCAUGCGUAAUGUCACUACUAUUUGAAGUGUGUAAUUUUAGCGCCUCGGCUACACUCCAAUGUUUAGUUUGGGUGUGGUAUGUUUGCUGCUAGUUGAAAGAUCCUGUCUUGACAUGUGUAGCAGUAGUGACCCAUAGAGCAUAUUCUAUAAAGCACCAUGUAUUUUUUUCCUCCAGUUUAUUACUGUUCAUUGUGAUUUUUGCCCUGUUUUACUGCUGUCAGUCUGAAAACAUUGGUAUAUUUAUUUCAGGGGACGACCAAGACUCGAAGCCCCACUAGUCCUCAAAAGACAUGGCCUGCUGCGGAGUGAUGGGCCACCAAAAUGGAAAAAUAAACAUAACUGGACAUGAGCAUUGAAAAAGCUCCACUGGAAUACUGUCACUGUCUACAUAAAUAUAUGUAUUUAUAUCAUGGCAUACGUCAUUCAUUUAUUUGUAUUGUUAAUAUAAUAUUAUUUUACCAUAAAUGCCAUAAACCGUUAUUAUAUACGCCAAUAAUCUGCAUUUGCAACAUUUCUGACUAGGUCAAGGUCUGCAGCAUCUAUUUUUCUAUGAUACAGUAAAGCAGACCUCACAUUUAUUUGCACUCAUUGACUGUGUUUAGUUUUAGUUCCCCUCCCCCUUUUAAAAGGCACACUCCAGCUAUUUUUGAAGUUUUCCUGUUCAAAAACAAUAUCUCACAUAUAAAUACUGUAAUGUACACACACUUAAGGGUAAAAAAAUAUGUUUUGAGCAAAAUAGUGUUUUUUAGACACGUGCAAACUUCAUGGAGUAGGCCAUUCAAGUGGUUGGUCUGCCCUCUGAUGUAAUGGGCAUCCCCCCUUGCUUGCAGUAACAAUAGAGAACAAAUGGAUCACCUAUUGAUAUGUGCCUUUUAAGUAAAUCAGGU